GCAUACCCGGCUAUCCCCUCGCAGAGCGGGUCGAUCGUUAACGCGUAGCACCACGGCCAUUGUGUAAAAAGAACCCACGACGCUCGGUUAGUGUACGCUGAGGACGGGACGUGUAGUUUUCCAAGGUUUCCUCGUGUGAUAUUUAGACUGUGCCAAUAGAGAAAAGAGGAAACUGUAAGAAAAAAUGGAAGACGACCAGCAGUUCUGCCUUAGGUGGAAUAAUCAUCAAAGUACGCUCAUACAGAAUUUCGACACGCUUCUCGAAAGCGGGACGCUGGUUGAUUGCACUCUCGCGGCGGAGGGGAAAUACUUAAAGGCCCAUAAGGUAGUUCUUUCCGCGUGCAGUCCCUAUUUUGAGGGCCUCCUCAGCGAACACUAUGACAAGCAUCCUGUUUUCAUAUUAAAAGAUGUUAAGUUCAAAGAAUUAAAAGCGAUGAUGGACUACAUGUACAGGGGAGAAGUAAACAUCUCCCAAGACCAAUUGGCAGCACUUCUUAAGGCCGCGGAGUCUCUACAGAUAAAGGGUCUCUCAGAAAGUAAAACAGGUGGUAGCAGUAAGACGGAGACGAGACAACAGAAGGUCGUCCCGCAAGCAACAGCCCCGUCGUUAGACAUUCCACAUGCGUCUUCCGGUCUUACAAUAGAAAAGAACAAAGUUCCUAGGCAGGCGGUUCCUCCUAUGGCACAAGGUUCCGUAGGGGACCUGCUUGAAGAGUCGAGCAGUCCCCAACUACCUAAGGGUCUCUCCUCAAGAGAGGGCUCGCAAAGUCCAACUUCAAGAAAAAGAAAGAGGUUUAGAAGAAGAAGCGUCGGUGAAGAUACUAUAGAAAAUCACGAAGCCUCGAAUUCCAGCGACAUGCCCCAGCAAAUGGGCGUUCCUGCGUUAGGAAUCGCGCCCGUUGCUGACGAAAAAGUGCACGCAGACCCCACAGACACGCUUGGCAGGUCAGCUUUAAUGACACAGCUGACGAAACCAGCGGACGAGAUGUUACAGCUACCCUUGGAAAAGCCUGAGCCAAAUGAUAAUCUGAUCGAACCAAAAUCUGAGUAUCUCGAAGACCCGGAGGAGAGCGUCGAAGACCUGACACUAGAUGACGAUAUGAAUGACCUAAACGAAAUGGAACAGGAUAAUAACAGAGCGGGACCGUCCCACGACCCCUCCCAACAUCCUGCAGGUAUAGGUGCGUGGCACGUUACCGGCGAUCGGAGUAACGCGGGAGGAGUUGUGGGCUCGGUGGCAGGAGCUCCAGGAACGACAGACGAAGUCUUUCUUGCAGCCCAGGAGGCCGCCCAGGCCCAUCGCGAUUCUCAAGGUCGAGCUCUGCCACCCUACGACACCGGGAUCCUGGACAUCCUCAGGAUGAAUACGGACCACGGGGCGAGUCGUUACGACGCGAAGCACGAAGACGGCCCGUUCUGGCACUCGAGCAACAGGAUGGCCUAUCACUGUCCCAGGUGUAACGCGGGCUACACUUACAAGAAGACCCUGAAGACCCACAUGAAGUACGACUGCGGCAAGGAGCCAAGAUUCAAGUGUCCUUAUUGCAACAAAAGGGACAAGUGCUCGUCGAACAUUUACAAACACGUCAGGAUGCGACACGACGGGAUGCCUGUGAUCGUCCAUAGAAAUUAGGGUCGUGUCGGUCCUCCGCUUCCAUCUUUGGGUUUCUAUGUCUUCUGCUUCGCAUUUCUUCGGUUUUCAUACGUACGCCGGUAAAGCUAGCAGCUAGUGCACGUUCGACGCGAGGGACGUUGCAGAUUUUUUGACAACCUUUCUUUUCAUGCUUCCGAGAGGAAGAGAGACGCGUGUCGAGUUUUAUUGGCACUCGCCGCGUGAACCCUUCGAGUGCUAUGGACGCGCGUCCGCGCCCGAUGCACGUAGGCGUAGUCCUAAAAGUCCUGCCACACUUAUAUUUAUUCUGUAUAUUUCUUAAAAAAUUAGCAUAGCUAUUUUUGAAAAUAGAUAUGAUAGUUUGGAGUUACGGUGCGUGUCUACAAAUCAGAGGUAGGCGAAAUUGUUAUUCGAACAAUGUACGACGUGUGAAACGUGUGUAUAGCUCUGUUUUUAUUUCUCGAACGUGAAAUAUAAUUUUAUUUCAUGAAUAACGGAUAAAAGGUUGCGUAAAAAUCUUUUAUGCGUGACAGGGCUUUAAACGCGAGUGCCAUCGACGCGGACUACGGACUGGCGCGUGAGAUCUGGUAUAUCCUUUAAUAUUUCGUUAGUAAAUUAGCAACCUAGUUACGCAUUUUAUAGUUACUACUGCGAGCCACGCGUCGUCCGAAGAAAACGUUUAAUUUUACAGUGUUCCGCACUCGAAGGGUUGAAACGCUAUUCAGGGAAUAAUUGUACAUUUUAUUAUUCUUUACAGCUGCCUGUGACGAGUAUUUUUGAAUUGCGGGAUUCAGUACACGGGCGCUGUAUUAUCGCAGUGUUCUUCGUACGAAAAAAAUUUAUUCGACUGAACGCAUUCGGAGCCGGUACCUGCGAAGACGUACGACAAACGGGGAACUUGUCGACGCGUCUCGAAAUUGUAUAGUCAACUUUCCUCCCUAUGGUACUACCAUAUCUAUCAAAUGUUAGAGAAUAAGAAAUCCUAUAAAUAGAGUAUUUUAGGUGGUACACCUGCCCAGAUGCGUAUCGCGUAUGCCUAUUUCGGUAUUUCCACGAGUCAUCAGUUCCUACGGCAGGAAGAGCGUGCAGUCUUUGGACCACGCUGGACAAAAUUAACGUGUUAAGCGAUGCCGAGAAACUACCGAGUACAAGCAAUAAAGUGACGUUCGUUGCGAACGCUUACCUCGAUAGAAUUGCUCGACGAAUAUUAGGUAGCAAUAUGCUCGCCAGUAAAAAGAAAUUGCUAUCGUGUAGCCCUCGAGCAUUUAUCGAUAUCAAGACAGGGUUCUAGCGGAGGCUCGAGACUGUUAACGUCCAUAAAUGUUCGAAGCUUACGCGAUACGAAUAAACGAAACAACUCGAGAAGCAUUCGGUGCGCGAAGAGAUAAUUGGAGUCAAUGCGUUGGUCGAAGCAGCUUUCGCGACAUCUUUCUUUUGUAUUACGAACCGAUGCCAUAACGAUUAUACUUCUUAAGCCGUGUAUGCGAAUUACGGUCGACGGAGGCGACGAGCAGGUCGAUCACUAUGCCAAAUUGUACGAGUUAAGCUAGAAAAAGGACGCAUAUUGAAUAAAAAAAAAAAAAGAAAAAAAAACGAAGCAACGGAAAACGUGAAGCUGUCGUUUUCACGCAACAUUUUCUGUUUUUCUUGAUCGUUUCACUCUUCCAUGCAGUGCUCUCUCUAGUCACACAUCACAAACCCGUUCCAGCGACGUAGCACGUAGCCACACAUAUCGAUUUUAGAUCC